GUCCCCGCGCGGGGCCUUCCACCACGAGCACCCCCCUUCGGCCAGGCAGCCCCACCUGGGAGCCUUGGCUGUAGGGCAGCCCCCUCCCCCGCUCCAGAUGGGGGGGAAUUGAGGCGCAGCCCGGGGUGUGACUUCCCCAAGGUCACACCGCACAUCCCAGCCCUGACUGUCUUUGACUUGCUGCGAGGCCGCGCUCCCCCGAGAUCAACCGGUCGCUUCUCCACCCCCCUUCCCCUUUACACGGGGUCGCAGGUGCCAGCCAUUCUUCCCCACGCCUUGCGGCCCCUGUCCUGAGCUUGUAGGUUUUAGGCGUCAGGCAUUUUUCUUUUCAAAUGCCUCUUGACAGUCCUUCCAUCACCUCUUUGGUCUUGCUCAUCCUUUUUUGCUGUCCUUCUUUCCAUGCUUCCUUGUUGCUUUUCUCCCGUUCGUAUCCUAUGUCGAGCCUACCUCAGGUGUGUGCUCUCCCGCCUGUCUCCUGUGGGACAAGUCAGAUGUGUUGAAAUGGGGUCUUUUCAGUUUAACUCUACUAUGCCCAUGGCACGUGUAGUCAGUUACGGUGUUACACGCUGCUUGUUAAAUUUAAUGCUUACCUUUGAAUGAUGAAUAUUAACUUGAGAGACAAGGUGGAUGAGGUAAUACCUUUUAUAGGACCAACUGUGGUCCAGUAAACCGCUGUGUGGCUCAAAAGCUUCUCUGUCAUCAACAGAAGUUGCUGCAAUAAAAAAUAUUACCUCACUCACCUUGCCUUGCUGAUAUUCUGGGACCAGCAUGGCUGCAACAACACUGCAACCAAGUAUUACCUUAUUUAAGUUGGAUUGCCUGUUAAAUAGUUACUACAAACAACAAAACAGGCUAGACAUGGGGUAGCAGCCCUGAAAUACUGGAGUGAAAGAUGGGGCAUAGUGGGCAUCUUUAGGUGUCCAGCAACACAAAUAGUUGAAGGUAUUAAUUUUGUGACACUGGGCCACAAAAUAAACAUGCUAUUCUGCUUCUCUAUCCUUUUGGCUAUUCACUUCAGAUCAGGCCAGAAAUGGUCUCUUAUUGGUCAGAUGUAGCUAGUAAUCAGCAGGUGUGUGGCAACUAAGUAUUGACAGCAUUUAAUGGAGCUGAGAGGUAGAUUGGUAUUGAUUACAUCAAUCCUUUCCUGAACAUAAGUAUCGAAUUGUUUCAAAGUAAUGAUGGGAAUUAAGGGUGGAGGCUGCCGAUUAAGUCUGUUUAAGUCAAUUUAUGUAUGAAAUUUGGUCUUUGGUAUGGGGGGAAGGCUAGCAUUCUAUUGCCUUCUGUCUUAAGUAAAUAAUUUCUCAGUGGUGAAGUGUUCAUUUAAGAGGACUAUGUCUUAAUCGCAAUAGAAUAUAAAGGUGAUUGUGUAAAGGGGGACGACUAAUAGAAACAUUCAGGCAUACUUAGAAAUGAACUCACUGCCUAUUAAUUUUCUCAUGACUUCAAGUCAUUUAAGAGAUUUAUAAGACUUCUUACCCUAAGUGUGAUUUCAAACAAUGCAGACUUGAGGUUCAUUGGUCACUUCAUAGCAGUACAGUGCCUAUGACCAUUGCUAGAUUUUGACCUCUGUGGGAGAGAGCAUUUAUGCAGAAUUUUACUUUCUCCAGUAACAAGCAGGUUGGAUUACUGCCAAAGAGAAUCCACGUUUUGAUAAAUAGUCUAAUUACUGUUUUGUCACAGUGAUAUAGUCUUCCCCCUUUAAAGAUAGAGCCACUUAAACAGAUUUUUCAAAGGGAUUGAAGAGUUCAGGGCCCAAUUCCCAUUGAUUCUUAGUGGGAUUUGGGCUCCCAAUUCCUUUGGGCCCAUUUGAAAAUCCCAGCUUUAAACAUUAGUCAUUAAAGCUAUAUUAUUUAUGUACUGAGUCAGUACAUUCAUUUUAAAGGGGCACUGAUUCCAAUGUACCUUAGCAAGAUAAUUCUAUCAGUAAAAUAAACUUUCUUCUAUUAAACUUCAACUGCAUUUAAUUUUCCUUCUAAAAAUAUGAACAUGAGGCAGUGCAGAGGUGAGAAUGCAAAACUUCGUUUUCGGCAGCCCUUUUACGAGUCAGAAACUGCCUCUGAAAAAUGCAGCAGAGCAAUGCUAAAGUGGCAGUGCUUGGUGCCUCUGGAGGGAUUGGCCAACCGCUUUCCCUUCUACUGAAGAAUAGCCCCUUAGUGAGCCACCUCAGCCUAUAUGAUAUUGCUCACACCCCUGGCGUUGCAGCUGACCUCAGCCACAUUGAGACAAGAGCCAAUGUCAAAGGUUUUAUUGGAUCUGAGCAGUUGCCAGACUGUUUGAAGGGUUGUGAAGUUGUAGUUAUUCCUGCAGGAGUCCCUAGAAAACCAGGUAUGACCCGUGAUGACCUAUUCAAUACCAACGCUACCAUUGUUGCGAAUUUGACGUCUGCCUGUGCCAAGCACUGUCCAGAAGCCAUGAUCUGCAUUAUUGCUAACCCGGUAAAUUCUACCAUCCCAAUAACCUCUGAACUUUUUAAGAAGCAUGGGGUUUAUAAUCCGAACAGAAUCUUUGGUGUUACCACACUGGACAUUGUCAGAGCAAAUACUUUUGUGGCUGAACUAAAGGGCUUAGAUCCAGCCCGAGUAAACGUUCCCGUUAUUGGUGGCCAUGCAGGGAAGACUAUCAUCCCUCUGAUCUCUCAGUGUACACCAAAAGUGGAGUUCCCUCAGGAUCAAUUGGAAACGCUUACGGGGAGAAUUCAGGAGGCUGGUACUGAAGUUGUGAAAGCUAAAGCAGGAGCAGGAUCUGCCACCUUAUCUAUGGCAUAUGCUGGUGCCAGGUUUGUCUUUUCUGUCCUGGAUGCAAUGAAUGGAAAGGAAGGGGUUAUUGAAUGUUCCUUUGUUAGAUCGGAAGAAACAGAGUGCCCAUACUUCUCCACACCUUUGCUGCUUGGGAAAAAUGGAAUUGAGAAGAAUCUAGGUAUUGGCAAGAUCUCUCCUUACGAAGAAAAGAUGAUAGCUGAGGCCAUGACUGAGCUGAAAGCUUCUAUCAAGAAGGGAGAGGAGUUUGUGAAGAGUAUGAAGUGAAGAGCGGAUAGGGAAGAAGAAUUACAGUUUCCUUAAUUUAUUAAGGCAUCAUGUCACUUUAAAAGACUCCAGAUGCAAAGCACGAGCUUUGAUCGAAGUCACUCUGUAUUAGUGUAUUAUCUGCUCUCAAUUUGUCAAUUGGAAUUCUACUCAUCAAUAAAACAGCCUCCUGGUUUUUUCAGGGUA